AUGCCGGGCAGCGCCGCCGCCGCCGCCGCCGCCGCCUUCCCCCCCGCCGGCUGCGCGGCCGCGGCCCGGCGGCGAAGGGCGGCCCGCAAUGGCUCGCCGCCGGCUCCGGGACCCCGGUGCCACCUGCUGGGGGAAGGCGGCGCGCAGCCCGGCGCGCCCCGCGGCUGUUCCGCCAGCCCCGGCCAUAAGCCGCCACCCCGAAGCCCGGCCCGGCCCGGCCCGUCGCCACACGACACGCCGCGGGGAAGGCUGAGCCGGCGCCGCCGGGCCCCGCCGCGGGGGCGGCGGAGAGGGGGGCUGGAGGGACGGGGGGCUGAGAGGGCAGCGCCAUUUUGUGUCCCCCUCUCCCGCCGCCUCCCUCCCCCGCUCCCUCACACACACACACACCCCCGCUCCGGGCACUUGCGUGCUCUCCCUGCCGUGCCCCGCCGCCGCCACAGGUUCCCCUUCCCGCCCCCCCCCCCCCGGGAAGGCGCUGCGGCUCCCCGGCGGGCAGGGGCGGCGGGGUGCCCGGCCGUGAGGGAGCGGCGGCCUCUCGUCGUUAUCGCAACAACGUGCCCGCUUGCGUCGGGGACCGAGGCCUGGAGGAGCGCGCUGACCCGCCGGCCGAGCUUCGCCCGCGUUAGCUAAGCGUGGGUCGCCGUAGCAAGAGGGAGAGAGCCUCAGUUCUCCGGAGGAGUGAGAUUUAGGGCGUCUGGCAGCCUUCCGAUGGUCACCAGGAGGUCACCGUAGCCACACGGGUGGCCCAAACGCAGCUGAAAUUAGCGCUUUGAUUUAUUCACCACUUGACGCCUUCAGCCAUACUUCCCGUUCGCUUACUGCACUAAAUUCGUUGCUGGUGUAGCAUUUUUUUUUUUUUACAGUCAAGAGUGCUUUUGCCUGUUGCCUGUAGAGGAAGGACCCAGGCUUUUACAGUUCCGACUACCGAUAACUGAAAACACAGCUCCCGAUCAUCAUCUUGUGUUUUACGUUGUAGUCAGGCUGUGUUAUGACAAGGAGAAGAGUAUGUGAUACUUGCGUACGCCUACUCGAACAGAUGCAAAUGCAGAUCUUCCCUUGGUCUCCUCAGAGUACCCAGGAGAAUCCCAUUCAUGGCUCCAGUAAUAUUGACUGGCCCUGUCACUUGGAAUAGUGACAUAAAAUUAGUAAGAGGAAAGCAAAUUGAAUAUUAACAAUCGUGAUUUGUGCCCUGACUGUGUGCAUAGACACAGUCAGACCUGAAUUCUCUUGUGCAAGGUGCUGUCCAAAUGCCACACAGAGGGUAUGCCCGGUUCCGAAAAGCAAAAUCGGGAAGUAGGCUUAAUGGUGAAGCAAUAUCAGAAAAUAUGCCUAAUGGUAAAAUUUAUUAGACUCUGGAAAAUUAAAUUCAUGAGGGAGGUUAUGGAAACCUCACAGAUUGGGUAAGGGUGUAAUUUUCUAUUAAAUUGCUAAGUGGAAAAUCCCAGAGGCAAUCAAUAUGCUACUUUUGGAAUUUUCCUAAACUUUGCUGUAAGACUUUGUGAAAGGAAACUGGGCUAACGUACUAUUUAAAAUCCUGCAUUAUAUAUUUUUGGGAGGAUGCUGAAGCAGCAAAGGUAGAUGGAUGUCAUAUGCUGUUUGCUAAAUUGCGUGGGUCCAAUUAAUCUCUGGUAGAGCACAGUGAAUUCAGGUCUGAAAUGUAGCAGCAGUGUGCCUAAAUUUUGUGUACAAAAAGAGUAUUUUCUCUUUCUGUCUUUUUUUUUUUUUUUUUUUUUAAUCCCCAAACAGUCUGCUGAUUCCUGUCUGCUAACUUUAUUUACAAGACUUAGAGCAUUGCUGAAACUGUUGUGUUUGACUCUCAUCCUUCCUGGGACAAUAGGAGAAUUUUUAUAAAGCAUAAGGCCUUCAUUUACUGUUCAACUCACAUGAUAGGCUUUAUCCUGCAUUUGCCAAAGGAAUGUGCUACAAAAAUAAAAAGGUCUUUUCUGUUUUCCUCCGCUA